AUGCCCAGUUUUGCCGAGAUCUACGCCGCGUGCCUCUACACUGGUGGCGAAGGCUAUCCUCUUUGGAACCCAUCGCCGCUGCGCCUCGGUGACGUCGGCUAUGUUCGAGACGGCUCGUUCAUCGUACUCUACAACGCCAUUGAUGGUCCUGGUCGCUUGUCCGAUGCCGCCAGCAUACCUUUGGCCCGUCGAUUCGAUUGUUCUCCAGCGCGCGAGCACGCGAGCGUUGAUACAGGCACCAAGCCACCAAGGAUGGAUUUGGACGAAACAAUCGUCGUCCCGACAGGUUCAAUCGACUCGUCACGCAGAUCUUCGUUGGCAACGCCCUCUGUGAUCUCUUCAAUGCCUGCAGGCAUGUCCAGGUCUUCCGAUUCGGACCCACUGCUUCCAUCUUCAGCCAAGAAAGGCUCUCCAAGCCUUUCCCAUAGGAGGCUCAGGUCCGGGACGCCUCCUGAGGGUCUCCAUCCCCCCAUGCCCCUUUCAGUCGAUCAAGAGGCUCCCAAGCUCUUCGAUAUGGGUCCACGCAUGUCUUCUAGCUACCGCUGCCUCGGUGUAAAUGGAGGCGCUUCUGUACCAAGCUCGCCUGUCAAUGUCAAGAUCAGUUUCGAGAGCUCGGGCGGCGACGGCGCAAUCCUCAUCCCUCGAGAUCCUACCGAGCGUACUCGGCUCAAAUACCUCGGCGUCCUCAAGGCAUACAUCAAGGCGCAUCACAAGUGGAUGUACGAGACGUACGGUCGAAUCGAAUCGAUUGGUAUCGACGAUUUGGCAUUUGUAUAUGGACAGGAUCGCACCUCGGACUGGGCCGUAGCGGUAUCGCGUGAUGCAGCUCGCGGUGGCAGGGUUGAGUUCGAGAUUUUUGGCAGCGCUUCGGCAGGCUUCUGGGGUAACUGGUCGCAUACGCUGAGUGCCUGCCAAAGAGGUCCUCACCGACCUCAUGGCCCUCGCAGCAGCCCCUCCAGUCGACGCGAACCAAGCAACGAGGGCGCCAGCAGCUGGGGCAUGAACUUGGAAGGCGGCGUCAUCAACCCGUCGUUCUCUUUUGCAUUCUCUUCGUCGAAAAAUCCUAGCGAUGAUGACCACGCUCGGGGUCGUAACCGUAACUCAGUGAGCAGAGCGCAGAGCAUUACAUGGACGCCAGAAGUACACGCUGGUCCGGAUCAGACCAUCUCGAUCCGCCGCGUCACAGCUUGCACCACUCCUGGUCUUGGCUUCUUGCCCGCACGUCCCAAAGCGGCAGCUGAGCCUCGUGAUCCAGACAUGGAUCGCGGCCAAGACCACGGGUCUGAUGCAGUGAGCGGACAGGAUGGAAACCAAGGUGGGGAUGACGAUCCGGGCAAGAGUAAUCACUGGAGUGACGAUCCGUUGGAGGCGUUGCACGAUUGGAUCCACAAGCACGGCGGUGCACAGAUCAAGGUAUCGAUCGCUUCGGACGACGAUUGCCUCCAGCUACUGUCGCUGCUGGGCGAGGAGCGCGUCAACAUGUUUGGACUUCGAGCAGCUGUGCAUAUGGCUGCCGACCGUUUUGCUCGCAUCUCGCUCGACGAAGCGGGGUUCGCAACCGUUACGAUGAGCCAUGUCCUGAUUGCAGUUCCCAAGCUUGUCUCUACUUCGUCGACGGCACUCAUUCCGUCUUCGCGUGUACGGACCAUCAGGGCUGACUCGACAGGCAACGAGGAGAACAUGGAUCAAAGUACGGCUGCCACUGCGAGACCAGGUUUGGGAAAAGCACGCCAGGUUCAUGGUGUACUGAAGCCUCGUCCAUUGCUCUCUUCUGCCCGAUUCAACACAAUGCAUCCGUGCCGAUCCAUGCAGAGUGUUGGCUCAGCAUGUGCUUCGUUGAUCCCAUCCUGA